AUGUUUUGGAGGCAGAUCUUCCUCUCCUGUCUUUCGUCCAUUGUGCUUCUGUCUUUGCUGCGGGAGGGGGCUAGUGUGUCAGUGGGAACCCGGCUGGCAGCAGCAGAAGAGAACCAGGAAGGUGUCAAACAGAAGAUUUUCAUGCAGGAAUCAGAUGCUGCCAAUUUCCUCAAGAAGUGUGCCAAAAGAUCCCCUAAAUCCCGAGAUGAGGUCAAUGCGGAGAACAGGCAGAAGCUGUGGGUUGAUGAGCUGCGGAGAGAAUAUUACGAGGAACAAAGGAAUGAGUUUGAGAACUUUGUGGAGGAGCAAAAUGAUGAACAGGAAGAAAGAAACAGGGAGGCCAUUGAGCAGUGGCGCCAGUGGCAUUAUGACGGCCUGUACCCAUCAUAUCUCUAUAAUCGUCACCACAUUUGA